UACCACAGCCACACAGUCAUAAACCCCGCCUGUUUCUAAAAUAUAUAUUCUUAAAAUCUGAUUAUAAACCUAACCGUAACCACACUGCGAACCAUACGCCUAAACCUAACGCAAAAUUAAGCCCCCAAAACACAUUUCUUAAAAAGAAUGUUUUUUUACGACAUAGCCAAUUUUUACUUUGUGGCUGUGGUAACUAUCGGAAAACACUAGAAAAAAACAGAACAAGACAACAGUGCAACGUUAUGAGCGGUGAGGACUGGAAUAUGUGAACAUUGUACACUGCUGGUGAUAUAUAACCCACCGUUGAAAAUGCCUGCGGUGUCCCGCGGGGCGAAGGACUUGUACCUCUCUACUAACCUGGGGGACCUCAACAAGAAAGCUGAGGUCAAGCCGGACAAAAUCAACACCAGGAGCUAUGUCCAGAGUGCCUGUAAGAUCUUCAAGGCUGCGGAGGAGUGUCGUCUGGAUGGAGACGAGGAGAAGGCCUAUGUUCUCUACAUGAAAUACCUAACGGUUUAUGAUCUCAUCAAGAAGAGGCCCGACUUCAAGCAGCAACAGGAGUUCUUCCUGUCCGUGUUGCCCACCAGCUUUAAAAAAGCCAUAGAAGAAGCCGAGAAACUCUCUGAAAGCCUUAAACUCAGGUACGAGGAAGUCGAGGUUCGCAAAAAGCUUGAGGAGAAAGAGAGACAAGAGGAGAAGAAAAGGAGGGAGGAUAAGACGGAGAAAGAUGGAGGGAGGGCAUCUCCGAAAGCAGGGAAAGAGAUCAAGAAGGUAAAAGAGCAGAAGGAGUUGAAAAAUUUAACUUCAAAAGCUGCGGUGUCAGCAGGAGGGAUCACAGCAGAGGGGUUGUUCAAGAUGAUGAGGGACCAGGCCAUUACGGUCAUUGUGAUGGACGCUCGCUGCCUCCGAGACUUCCAGGACUCACAGAUCCAGGUCCCCACCCAGACUGUCAUCAGUGUCCCAGAGGAGGCUAUCAACCCUGGCAUCACAGUGAACCAGAUUGAGGCCAAUCUACCUGAUGCGUCCAGAGAGACGUGGAAGAGACGGGGGUUCGUAGAUUACAUCAUCCUACUGGACUGGUUCAGCUCUGUUACUGACCUCAAACUGGGAAGCACCUUACAAAGCCUCAAAGAUGCUCUCUUCAAGUGGGACAGUACCACUAUCCUGCGUAGUGAGCCCAUGGUUCUGGAGGGAGGCUAUGAGAGCUGGCUCCUCUUCUACCCCAUGUACACAUCCAACGCCAAAGUCAGACCGCCCCGAACACACAGCUACAGCACCCUCCCACAGCUGAACUUCAGCUACCCGUCACUGGAGGAGCCCAAACCUCCAACCCUCCUCCCCCGAGUGAACGGUGCCCCCCUGGAGGAACUGACCCCCUCCACAUGGAUGGAGGCUGACGCCACAGACUCACCCCACACAGGGUUCACUCACCCUGGAGUAGACCACAGCAAGAAGGACCCUGGAGCUGGUCCAGGGACCCCCAGCCAGCCUGGAGGGACAGCCAAGCACAUCCCACAGCCGGCGGUGCCGCUGACGGACGAGGAACGAGGUCAGAUCCACACAGAGACGGCGGCUCUGAUGGAGAAGGCCCGGAGAGAGCAGGAACAACGCAAACAGGAACGCCGCACCGAGGAGGAGUGGAGAGAGAGGGAACGCCGGGAGAAGGAAAAUGAGGAGAUGGAGAGGAGGAAAGAGGAAGAGAACAGGACUCAGGAGAGGAAGAGGUUGGAGAGACACAAGGCAGAGGAGGAGAAGGAGAACGGGGUUAGGGAAGAGCGAGAGAAGGGGAAGGAGCAGAGGGAGGAUACGCCGACCAAUGGUGAUUCUCUGGACUCGCCGGCUCCCAACCGUAUCGUCACGGAGAUUAAGGCUCCCUCCCCCAUGAAGCUUAGUGGUGAUGUAAAGAGGAGUCGUCAGCCUGGGACGUUAAAGCAUAGAACAGUUGAUGACUAUGUCAUACCCAAGCGGGAGCUCCUAACCAGAGCCAGAAGUGAAGAGAUGGGGAGGAGUGUACCAGGUCUGCCUGUUGGCUGGAUGAAGUUCUUGGAUACGGUAACCGGUACCUACCGUUACUACCAUUCCCCAACCAACCGGGUGCACCGCUACCCCCCUGAGGUCAGCGUGCCCCAGACGCCCCCCACCCCUCCUACGGCCAAACAGAAGCAGCCUCGCCCCGCUGAGCCAGACCAGACCAUGGACCGUGACCAGGAGCAGUCCAAACUGAAACGUUCCUAUUCUUCUCCAGACAUCAGCCAGGACCUGAGGGAGGAGGGGCUAAAGAAGGUUACCGCCCCUAUAACUGCAGCCACGCGCCCAACCUUUAACAGGGAAACCAAACCGUCCACCGCUAGCGUCUACACCAAGGUGGAGAUCGCCCGCCCGUCUGCGGCUAAGAUCCGCAACCUGAACCCUGUGUUCGGCGGUCUCGGCGCCUCGCUCACCGGCCUGCGUAACCUCGGUAACACCUGCUACAUGAACUCCAUCCUGCAGUGUCUAUGUAACACCCCGGCCAUGGUCGACUACUUCAACAAGAACCUCUAUCAGGAGGAUAUCAACAGGGCAAACAUCCUGGGUCACCGAGGCGAGGUGGCAGAGGAGUUUGGUGUGAUCAUGAAGGCUCUGUGGUCAGGCCUGUAUAAGUGUAUCAGCCGUGACUUUAAGGUCACUAUAGGGAAGAUCAAUGAAUCCUUCUCUGGCCAUGAACAACAGGACUCCCAGGAGCUGCUGCUCUUCCUUAUGGACGGACUCCACGAGGACCUCAACAAGGCUGCUAACCGUAAGGGUUACAUAGAGGAGGAGAAUGACGAUCUGGACGACCAGCGGGCUGCUGACCAGGCCUGGACCAAACACAAGCUGCUCAACGAGUCUGUCAUCGUAGCGCUGUUCCAGGGUCAGUUUAAGAGCACAGUUCAGUGUCUCACCUGCCACAGGAAGUCCCGCACCUUCGAGACCUUUAUGUACCUGACCCUGCCGCUGGCCUCCACCAACAAGUGUUCCCUGCAAGACUGUCUGAAGUUGUUUUCUAAGGAGGAGAAGAUGACCGACCAGAACAAGGUGUUCUGUCGACACUGUAAAGCUCUCAGAGACUCCGUCAAGAAACUGGAGAUCUGGAAGGUUCCGCCCAUCAUACUGGUUCACCUUAAACGGUUCUCGUACGAGGGCCGUUGGAAGCAGAAGCUGCAGACCACAGUAGACUUCCCUCUGGAGAACCUGGACCUCAGUCAGUAUGUCAUCGGACCCAGACUCGGCCUCAAGAGAUACAACCUGUUUGGAGUGUCUAACCAUUAUGGCGGUCUGGAUGGGGGUCACUACACAGCCUACUGUAAGAACGCCAUGAAACAGCGCUGGUACAAGUUUGACGACCACGAGGUCUCCGAAAUCUCCACCUCCACCGUCAAGUCCUCCGCAGCGUACAUCUUCUUCUUCUCCUCUCUGUGAGAGUCAGAGCUGCAACACUGCCAGGAGCUAUGAGGCUACAUAAAGGCUACAUAAAGGCUACAUAAAAGCUAGCUAACAUGCAAGCUGCUUUGACUCAGCUUCCUCUGCUGGUGGGAGAAAGGAACUGAACUGGCCAUGUUUUUGUUAACUGAACUGAACUGCCAGGGGCCAUACUUGUGAACUUUUGCUUAGAGCAUGGUUUAAACCAUUAGUCUAGAAUGGCUGCUAUCUGUUUCUCUCAGGCCAACUUGGCCAAAUUAGCCACAACGCUAAUUAGCCACCACGCUGAGGAAGGCCAGCUAAGUAGAUGAUUAUAUCCGAAUAAAUAAGAUAACUUAGAGCCACCAUCCAAUCACAUUUGUUCAUGAGGUAAAUUUGCUUCCAACUGAUUGGUUUAAUUUGUGACCCAUGGUCUGAAUGGAGUUUCCCCAAUAUAUGUUUUGCAUGAUGCUUCCUUGACUAGGCAAGUGGCAUCAUAAAAAAAUAUAUAUGAUGAAGUUCUGUGUUGUUUCUUAUCCAUUUAACACACAUCCAUGUACUUUUCAAUUACAAACGUAGGAGGAUUAUAUUAUAACAUGUUUGUUAUUCAUACAUUGUCAAAGUGAUUUGUUUUUAAGGAGGAAAAUCAUGGUCUAAGCAGAAGUUCACAAGUAUGGCCAUGCAAGGUUUGUAGGUGUUGGAUAACUGAACUGGUUAGGUUUGGUGGUUUUGGUAGACUGAACUGACAGGUUGAAAUGUGGAUGUGUGGAAAGAGAGGGACACACUGUAGCGUAUGGUGGGUUAGUGACUGGGUGGGUGCAGGAAAGGGAGAGACGCAGGCACUCCGAUGCUACAACUCAUAGAGGACUCAACAGCUGUUAAAACACAACGUCUAUUUAUAUUAAACCAGAGAGCAGGGAGAGGGUUCCCUGUUCUAAUCACCUCAGCUUAAAACCCUGUUCUUAACACAGCAACGUUGUCAUUCUGCUAGUUCUGGGUUUCAGUUGAGUCUGUGUGGCGUGGACAGACUUAGUAUACACAGACCUGAUACACAGACCGUAUACACAGACCUGAUACACAGACCGUAUACACAGACCUUAUACACAGACCGUAUACACAGACCUUAUACACAGACCUUAUUUAAGCUUCCAUGUACUGUGAAUCUUCUAGUGAAGAGUAUAGGGACGUUUAGUUAGGGAGACUGACGUUUAGUUAGGGAGACUGACGUUUAGUUAGGGAGACUGACGUUUAGUUAGGGAGACUGACGUUUAGUUAGGGAGACUGACGUUUAGUUAGGGAGACUGACGUUUAGUUAGGGAGACUGACGUUUAGUUAGGGAGACUGACGUUUAGUUAGGGAGACUGACGUUUAGUU